UCUCGAGUGAGGGUGUGUCGGAUUUUUAAAUAUACGUGUUUUUUUUUUUAAAUAUUCGUUUGAUGACAUACGAGAAUAGUGAUUUUAAUGUGAUUUAAGUGUUAUUUUAGUUGAUGAAACUUUCAUGUUUUAGAUUCAAAAUUUAGUUAAUCGUUUGACUAUAAGGCUUUGUAAUGAAAUCGACGGCUAUGGAGACGUGUUCCGAUCGUCUGAGCCCAUCGAGUGACUCGACCAGUGAGUCAGAGACCUCGUUACCACCGUUUCCGUACGACAAUCAAAAUGCCAACUUCUACAAUCAGGAUAUAAACGACAAACAAUAUUUCUCUUGUAAACAAAAGUCACCAAGAAACGAAGAGCGUAACACGAAAGAUGUUUAUUUACAAGAAAGCAACAAAUUAUUCGAUAAUUACUUAUCGCCACAAAGAAAUAAAAAAUAUUUGAAUUUCGAAAUCAAGUUGUCGCAGAACGAUAACUUUUUUAAUCAAAUAGAAACAGACGAUAGGACAAUGAGAACGAACUAUUUCGAGGUACCCAUAGUUGGCGGGAAAAAUUGUAUUCAAAAUGAGAAUAAUCCUAAUAUGGCGGAUGUCAAAAUUUCCAAUCAGCAGGUUGGAUUCGAUAAUUCGAAUGGCGACAGAGAUAGAGUUACACAGUCUUAUUUUAGUGAAAAUGAUAAUGGAAAUAUGCGGCGUUGUUUAAAUUUCAAUUCCGAACAAGUGCAAUGUGUAUGCGAGGCUUUGCAGCAGAAGGGCGAUAUAGAGAAAUUGGCAGCUUUUUUGUGGAGUUUGCCACCCAGUGAGUUAUUGCGCGGGAAUGAGACAGUGUUAAGGGCAAGAGCGUUAGUUGCGUACCACCGAGGUGUGUUUCAAGAGUUAUACGCUAUAUUAGAGGCCCAUACGUUCCCGCCAAGACACCACACCGCGCUGCAGAAUUUGUGGUUCAAAGCACACUACGACGAGGCUGAGAAGGUUCGAGGACGACCUUUAGGUGCCGUAGAUAAGUAUAGAUUGAGAAAGAAGUAUCCACUACCAAAAACCAUUUGGGACGGAGAAGAAACGGUUUACUGUUUUAAAGAGAAGAGCAGGAACGCGUUAAAAGACUGUUAUUAUAGGAAUAGGUAUCCAACUCCUGAUGAGAAAAGAGCUUUGGCAAAGAAGACGGGGUUGACUCUCACGCAGGUGUCGAACUGGUUCAAGAACAGACGACAAAGGGAUCGAACGCCGCAGCAGCCUAAUAGAUCAGAAAUGCUAGUACCAGCUCAAUACGCGGGACCACAAGGCGGUUUGGCCCAGGCUCUGCUGCCGAACGCCUACUACCAUCAAUUGCAGGAUCCCGCACACUACUUGCACAGCGGUGCGCCGUAGUGUUGCCAUUUAUUAAAAGGUGAUUAAUUUGGUGUUGUGAUUUAAUUAGUUUAGAAUUUAUAUUAAUGACUUUAUGUAUCUUGAUCACGUUUAAUAAUUCAUGAUGAGAUCAAAUUAGAAAUCAUGAUCAGCUAGUAAUGAAUCAGUUUGAAUGAGUACUAUUUGACGGAGGGGUUAAGACACAACGGACACAACCUCUGUCUUACAUCUACAGAUAUGUGUAAACGUGAGAUAGAGUCCUUCGGUAUUUCUCUCUACUUGCCCCGCAUGCAGUGGCGGAUUUGCAGUCUUUUUUUUAUACAACUUAGAAUGACAAACAAGCUGACGGUCCACCUGAUGGAAAGUGGUAAUCGUCGACUAUAGACAUGAGCAGUAUUAUGGAUAUAACAGAGUAUACUGUUUCGCCCAUGACACCCCCCAUGCGUUGCCAUUCCUGAGGACUCAGGUGUUAUUCCUCUGUACCCAGUAAAUUCGCGCCAUAUCCCACCCUUCAAACCGAAACACAGCCAUGCAAAUACAACUGCUUCACGGUUGAAACGCGAAUGGGCAGAGGUACCCAAGCAAACGAUUUUUGUACAAAGUCUCCCUCUGGUAAAAGUCUUGGCCGUCCUAGGCCCCAGCCCAUGUAGUAAGUACCAGCCAGCCUUUUCUCAACACCCAUCAUAUUGAGUACAUAGUGAAUUUACCUUUUUGCCAACUUUUAUCGAAACUGAUUCAGAAAUUUAGUCAACUAUAAUAUCUGCUAGUUUGUAACAAUUUCCGAGGUUUCUUUUAAUUAUACGUACUUUGAGUUAUUUCUUGUUAUCACCAGUGAAUUUUUUUUCACGAUUGGCCGCCGCUAAUAUCUGGCCGUCCUAGGCCAGGGUUUCCUGGGCCUUAGGGCAAAUUCGCCACUGCCCGCAUGGGACUUGGCGUAAAGAUAGGUAAAAUCUUAAAAAAUACCCUUAUAUAAGAUUUAAUAUAAGGAUCAAAUCUAUACUUAAUUUUAGUUUCGUGAUGUCUUUUAUGUUACUUUAAUAACUAACUGAUUAAAAUGUAUGUUACUUAAAACUUUUAAUAAUAAGUUCAAUGUUUAGUGAUAUUUAAUCAAUAAUUAUUGAUAAUAUAUCGAUUGCGUAUAAUGAAAUAUAUGUAAGGAAAAUAACGAUUAAAAAUUUGUUUAAUACCGAGAGAGUUAUUAUCCGUUUUUAAUUAAAAAUUAUAAAAGCAG